GCAUGGGUGAAGUUGUCAUCAAGGACCUCCUGAGCCCCGAGUGUGCACCGACCAUGUUGAGGAAGUGUCCCGAUGGACCUCUCAGUGGGGGAGAGAUAGGGGCAGCCACAGUGGUUUCGCUGGUGACUGCUGUGAUAGGACUCGCGGGAGUAGCACUUGGGAUCAUUUUUAAGAUAAAAUUCAGGAACGCUUAUGUAACCUAAGAAACAAAGGUGAAACAAACGCUGACGAAACCAAGAAGGAUGUUACAAUGAAGAAUAAGUCUUGUGAUUCCAACGGACUUCUCAAAGAGCAUGACACAACAUGACAGUGACCCCUCUCUAAGUUAGAGAUGAUACCAUUUUUACUGUGCAUGCAACUCACCGCUCUUUUCUACAAAGUUGUAUAUAAAACUUUAGUGUUUUAGUUUUUUGUGAACUCUCACCACAAAAUAUUGUUGAUG